AUGGGCCCUCAGUCCCCGGACAACCCUAAGACGUGGUCGAAAGGGUACCGGUGGUACAUUACCACGCUCGCCGCCGUCCUCCUGCUCAACGCCACCUUCGCGUCCUCCGCGCCCUCUGGCGUGAUCCCCGACCUCAUUGAAUACUUCUCCUUCUCUCGUGCGGUCGGCACCCUCACGAUCGCAAUCUUCGUCGCCGGCUAUUGCGUCGGGCCCCUCGCGUGGGGACCCUUGUCCGAGUCGUAUGGCCGCAAGCCGGUGUUCGUCUUCACGUUCAUCGUCUACACCGGCUUCCAAAUCGGCUGCGCACUCUCCCGCAACACGGCGUCGAUCCUCAUCUUCCGCUUUCUCGGUGGCGUCUUCGCUGCCUCACCGCUCGCAAACAGCGGUGCCGUCAUUGCGGAUAUAUGGGACCCGGCAGUCCGCGGCGAGGCGAUGGCGAUCUUCACCCUCGCGCCUUUCGCUGGCCCUACGUUCGGGCCCAUCGUCAGCGGCUUCAUGGCUAACGCUGGUGUCUCGUGGCGCUGGGUGUUCUGGGUGCUUGCCAUGUUCACCGGAACGUGUCUAGCUUUGGUGAUCUUCACGCUCCCGGAGACAUAUGUUCCUAUCCUCCUUGUAAAACGCGCUCAGAGAUUGCGGAAGGAAACUGGCGACAACCGUUACUGGGCGCCGCUGGAGCGGGAGGAUAAAUCGAUAGGCGAGCGCAUAAAGCACGUCUUUGCACGUCCUUUCGUCGUCCUCGUGCAUGAGCCUAUGCUCAUCGCGAUCACCCUUUACAUGAGUUUCAUGUAUGGGUGCCUCUACCUGCUCUUUGAGGCGUACCCCAUCGUCUUCACUCAGGGCCACAACCUCAACCAGGGUAUGUCCGGCCUGAUGUUCCUCCCUAUCUUCAUCGGCGGCAUCACUGGCGUCAUCAUUUACCUAUUCUUCUUCAACCCGCGUUACGAGCGCGCGAUCGCCGCCUUCGCCCCGUACCCCGUCCCUCCCGAAUACCGGAUGGAGGUUUGCAUGCUCGCCGCGCCCAUCUUCGCCGGCUCCUUCUUCUGGUUCGGCUGGACAUCCUACCCCUCCAUAUCCCUCUGGGCGCCGAUGCUCUCCGGCAUCCCCCUCGGCGUCGGCGUCAUCUUCCUCUUCCUCGGCCUGUUCAACUACACCAUCGACGCGUACCUCUUCGUCGCCGCGUCGGCGCUCUCCGCCAUCACCGUCGUCCGUUCGCUGUUCGGCGCCGGGUUCCCAUUAUUCGCGACGCAAAUGUACGUGGCUCUGAACCCACGCUGGGCGUCGACGCUCCUCGGGUGCAUCGCGACGUUGCUCGGGCCCAUCCCGUUCAUCCUCCGCUACUACGGCCACCACCUCCGCCGGCGCUCUAAGUACGCGCCGACAGGGGACCUGCCGAUCAAGCCGCCCAGUGAGGAGAUGAAGGAGAAGGAGCGUGCGGCGCGGGCGGUUUGA